UCAAUUGGUCUGUCGUUCAUCCUUUUGGCGUGCUCAUUGGUCCAAAUAAUAAACAAUAAGUUCUUGGGCCUGCCCCAUAGCAAUGCAGUUUUGAUAUCCGCGGAAGGAAGUUGAGGCGGUCGGUUCGCGCUGACGGUUUGUGGAGUAUAAAUAGCGAAAAGCGGGGACGUUUUUGUCACCUUUUUCUUCCAAGAGUCGAUAUUGUGUAGCAUCACCCGAAGAACGUCUCGCAGCAAGAUGCGGGAGUGUGGCAUGAAGGAGGGGGACCGAGUAGCUCUGAAGAGUCGCUGUACUGAUCUGUGCAAGCAGCUGGUGGUGGAUGAGCUGCUCAUUCAGUGUCUGCUGGAGGACAACAUCCUCACGGACAGCAUGGCGGAGAGCAUUCUGGCCGAGCAAACGUCCCAUAAGCGAAGCUUCCGUCUGCUGCUGCUCCUUCCCAAGCGAGGGCCGCAAGCCUUCAGCAGCUUCUGCUCGGCGCUGAAAGAAACCGAGCAGCGGCACCUGUGCGAGCUGCUCACAGGGUCGCAGGAGGCGGAUGGCGAAGAGGCACGAGGUUUUCAGACUGAAGAGGAGUUCGAAGGACGGGCGGGACGGCAGCUAAUGCAGACAUCAGGCAGGAGGAGAGAGAGCAAUGGCGACUCCUCUCUUCCACUUUCCACUGAAGAGGAAACGGCAGCUAAACGAGCGAGGACACACGAGUCCAUGGAGUACAGCCUGGAUGCAGACAGCCCCAUCACCACUCCCGUGCUCCCUUGCACACAUGAACUCUACCUCUCGCAAUGCCAAAAGUCCUAUAUAAUGACUUCAUCCCCACGCGGUUUAGCCCUGGUGAUUAGCAAUGUAACAUUUGACCCACGCACCGCGCCUGACCUUGACCCCAGGAAGGGAGGCGAGGUGGACGACGAGGUGCUCAGGAAGGUCUUCAAAGAUCUGGACUAUUUGGUGACGGUCUGCAGAAACCUGACAGCUGAGGAAAUGAGAAGUUGCAUCGAGAAAUUCCGCAUGCUUCCAAAGCACCGCACUGUGAACAGCUGCGUGGUGUGUCUGCUCUCCCACGGCGUGGACGGUGCCGUGUACGGCACAGAUGGCCAGCUCCUGCAGCUGGAGUGGGUGUUUGAGGCCUUCGAUAACGUUCGCUGCCCGCUGCUACAGAACAAACCAAAGAUGUUUUUCAUCCAGGCCUGCAGAGGAGAGGAACUGGACUGUGGAGUGGAGCAGAUGGAUGGGCCAGGAAGGAGCAACUCGCCCAGCUGUGAACAGCGAGAUGCUGGGCGAGAAGGUCCUGGGGGCGCCGGUGCUAGACAUGGAGGCGGAGACUUAGGACUGCCCAGGAUUAAACUGCCCCAGCGGUCUGACAUGAUCUGCGGCUUCGCCUCCCUCAAAGGUCAGAGAAUUUGCACGGCGGCCAUGCGCAACACCAAGCGAGGAUCCUGGUUCAUCCAGGAGCUAAACUCCGCCCUCCGCCUCCGUGCCAGAGACACACACGUGGCAGACAUCCUGGUGCAGGUCAACGGGAAAAUCAAAGAGCGCGAGGGUUACGCCCCCGGCACGCCCCACCAUCGCUGCAAAGAGAUGUCCGAAUUCACCAGCUCGCUGUGCAAAGACCUCUACCUUUUCCCAAAAUACCAGCCCCACUGUUCAUAAUGCACUCACACACACUUCCUGCCGGUGUGCUAACACAUUCUUCAUUCCAAGCGUAUUAUUGCCACACACUCGAGCAUUCCAGCGUUACAAGCUGACACACACACACACACACACACACACACACACACACACACUGGCAUCCAAACAUUUAUUCAUUCACAUUUCCUAUGCUAAUACUGCCUGAACAAUAUUCCAAACACACACAAAGAUGUCGGAGGAGAGCUUAUGCUAAUCGACGUGUAAAGACAUCUCACAGUGUACAAUUUGCCAAUGUGUCAGUCUCGAGGGUCUUAAUCCCUCGCGCGGGUAUAAUUGUAAAAUUUAAAAUAUUUUCUACACAGAUCUAUUUUUGUUUUAUUUUCUAUGACCUUGAUUUAUAAGGAUUUUGUAAAUUAACCCCCCCACCUCCAUUUUAGUAUUUGUUAAACUUCACCGUCAGUUGUCAUGUUGCAGUUUGUAUUUCGAGGCAGGGGGCGACAUUGAGUAAUGAGGUUAUUGUAGCGGUACCCCCACCCUGCUCCCCACCAAAUAGGAAGUACUUAAGUAUUCUGAAAUGUUUUCAACUGUCAUGACGGUGUUCCUUAUAUUAAGUCAAAUCCCUCUGACAGGUUUUUACAUUUGUGUUGUAAAUACUUUGCUUUUAAAUGUAAAUGUCAGGGGAAUGUUUGGUGCUAUUUCUUGGGCCUUACUACUUACCUACUACUACAGUGUGAACUUUGAUCUUUACGCUAACGCUGACACCUGAUCACGCUCCUCACAGAGGGGGUCUUCCACAUUUAUUGAUACCCCCACUCAACUUUUGCAGUUUAUUUUUCCGUCAUGUUAUUGUAUGCGAUACAGCGAUAAACGCACACCUCAUGUCUUCCUGAAAGUUUAAAGAAUAUGCAAUUUGUCAUAAUUUCUCAGUCUAAUCAACCACUAUCCAGAGUUUAACAUUCACCACUCACAACGCGUGUUGUGCAUCGAUGGGAGAAAACCCCCAAAAGAAGCAAUGUGCUUGGUUACAGUGUUUUUGAGGAAGAUACUAUAUAGUAUAUUGGAAACAGUAUUCAUUUGUGACCGGAAAGGCUUUCAAGGGCGUCCAUUCAUGUGUUCACCCAUCAUGAGUAUUUGUUUUAAUGAUGUGGGGGGGAUGGUGAAAAGGUGACCGCACAGCAGGAGGAUGUGAUUUGCUGCCAAAAGCUUUGUGCAGGGGCGGUAGGCGGAAGGAUCUAUUUCUGUCAUUGGUGACCACUGCCAAAUGUUCCUUACAAUAAACAAGCUCAUGUUUAUCAACACGAGAAGUCUCAUUUACCCCCAUCCUCUCCUACAGCUUUAAGCCCAUGUUUCCAACCACAAACUUCUUCCGCUGUUUGAGAGUUGUGACACAGCAAAUCAAGGCUAGUUGCAAAUCACUCAC